AUGAUGAAAAAUGGAUCUUGUUCUAUCCUUGAUCAGAGAUUUCUCUAUGAAAAAUACGAAUCGGAGUUUGAAGAAGGGGAAGAAGAAGGAGCCCUCGACCCGCAACAGAUAGAGGAGGAUUUAUUCAAUCACAUAGUUUGGGCUCCUAGAAUAUGGCGCCCUUGGGGCUUUCUAUUUGAUUGUAUCGAAAGGCCCAAUGAAUUAGGAUUUCCCUAUUGGGCUGGGUCAUUUCGGGACAAGCGGAUCAUUUAUGAUGAAGAGGAUGAGCUUCAAGAGAAUGAUUCGGAGUUCUUGCAGAGUGGAACCAUGCAGUACCAGAUAUGA